AUGUCUGACGAUGAACUACCCGUGUAUAUAAUUCCUGAAUUUUCGUCGUCGUCGUCAUCGUCAUCGUCUUCUGGCGGCUUCGAGUUUUUGGCGUCUGUUGCUCUUGCAGCCUUAGAAGAAGACACUGCAUCUUCUUCUGCAAACUCACGAAGAUAUAUUUGGAGAGAUCGGUACUCGGCUCAUGAAAGAUUGAUGAACAUGUACUUUGUGGAUGAGCCGAUGUUUGAGGAUGAUGUCUUUCGCCAGAGAUAUCGUAUGUCGAGGAGGUUGUUUUUGAAAAUCGUGGAAGAUAUCACUGCAGCAUUUUCAUGGUUUCGGUCUUCGGUAAGUGCGGCGGGUAUUAGAGGGUUCUCGGCGAUUCAAAAGUGCAUGUGCGCGCUACGGCAACUCGCGUACGGCAACCUCGCCGACAACUAUGAUGAGGGGUUGUCGUUCUCUACUAGAACGGCCCGUGAGUGUCUAGACAACUUUUGCAUUGCCAUAAAGUAUCUUUAUGGUAAAGAGUAUUUGCGUUCUCCGACUAGCCACGAUGUUGCGUGUUUAUAUGAGGCGCAUGAAGCCCGACAUCAUUUUCCUGGCAUGAUCGGUAGCAUAGAUUGGGAUGGUAUUUACCCACCAUGGUCUUGUUUUCUCAAGGCGUAUGCAUACCCGGUUGCGAGAAAGGAGAAGGUUUUGAAGAAUCUCCAAGAGUCCGCAAGGAAAGACGUUGAGCGAGCAUUCGGGCAUUUGAAGAACAAGUGGGCGAUCAUCGAACGACCGGCACGGAUGAGGGACAAAGAAAAGAUCAUUAACGCGGUGUAUACGUGUGUUAUUUUACAUAACAUGAUACUCAAGGACGACGGCAACACGAUAUCACCGGUGUACAUCAGGGAUACUCCUAACGAUAUUCGUGCUACCGACCCUAAUUUUCUCUAUCGCUUACAUAACAAAGAGACGCAUUACAUGUUACGUCGUGAUAUUACGGAGCACGUGGGAGAUCUAGAUAUCGAUGUUUAG